GAAAUGGACUGAAGAAAACACCAGAGUUGUCAAACGUUAUUUUCAAACCAUUGUGUUAGAUAACUCGGAGAACCAGCACAACAAAGGGAGUUUACCAAGGAUAUGUUUUGGUCGUUAUGAAUUCUGAAGAUCAUUUCAGUGGUACUGAAAACAUCAAUGGUACUGAUACUGAGAUUUGUAACAAUGAGAAAGUGGUGGAACCAGAGGGUAUUAGUAUACUUGAUGACAGAAAAAUGCUGAGUCAUUCAUUGAAAUCAGGAUAAUAAGCCCUUAUAACUCGGCAGUGCUUGAGCCGAGGAUAUACAGACUAAUAGAGAGGUUGGAACUGACAAAUAGAUGACCUUGAAGUGAAAGGUCAUGGUCACUGUGACCUUUAGUAUCAAAAAAAGCUUGUCACUGAGCAAUGCGUAUGGUUAGGACCCUCAACCCUAGUAAGGAUGUUUGUCCUGACUGGAGGUAAAGGUUAUGGUCAAGGUCACCAAGAUUCAGUGAAAUGGACUGAAGAAGACACCAGAGUUGUUAAACGUUAUUUUCAUACCAUUGUGUUAGAUAACUCGGAGAACCAGCACAACAAAGGGAGUUUACCAAGCAAACAGACGUUUUAUUUGAUUGAUGAAAGUCAGUGCACUGGGAAAGGAGCGAAAAGAGUGGUGUUUAUGGCUCAUCAGUAUCUGCAGUUCUUUGGCAUAGGAGAGAAACAUGCACAGAUAUAUUUCAAUAAUGCAGCUGGGCGGAAUAAAAACAACAACUUUGUCAUUUUGUACGCAGUAUUGCGCACUUUAAUAGGUAAGAUUUCUUAGGCUAAAAUAAACAAUUUUCUAUAGUUGUUUUUAAUGUGCCCGUAUUUUAUAACAAAUAAUAGAAAUUAUUUUCUUCUGCAAAUAAUUUACUUUAUUUUGCAAGAAAAGGCUGUCAACACCGUUGCUAUGCAGUUACGUCACGAUCACUAGUCAACUGGUGAUCUUCGGAUAUUAUCGUCCGUUACGCAUGGUUUCUAGCCAGCAUGCUAUCAUUAAGCCGGGUAUCAGUUCUACCAACGGUAUAUAAGCACCAAAAGUUCGUGCAAAUUUCUCUUUCUCGAUUCAACACCGAAGAUAAACUACGCUGCUAAAAGCUCAAUUUCCCAUCCGACCCACCCAAAAUUGUUUACAAAUCGUUGUUUUGCUACGAUUUUUCAUUUAGACAUCAUAUUAAUACAUAAAUUAUAUAAUGAUUCUUUCUUCGCUCUGCUCUGCUGUGUUUUAAUGUAUUUUUCAGAGUCUUCUUGCUAAUAUGAGGAAAUGGCAACAUUGUUUACCAGACAAGGGGUAUCAAGUGAACGAUCUGUCACUCAUGAAGUUAUAGACAUUCAGACAUUCUCAUCACUGUCAGAAACUAAGUGUAUAAUACUACAUAAUAAACGUCUAUAGUGCUUUGCACAUUAGUGAACUUUAUAUUGUAUCUAUUGAAUCAGUUGAAUUGUUAUUAGAAAGGACAUUCAGGACAGUAUUUGUGGGAAGUUGUUUGCUAUAACUUAUACAGUCUGUAGACAUGUAUAUCUAUGGAUGUGAACACUUUUUGUUAUUGCAUUUUUUUGUGAUGAACGUUUGCAUAAAGAUUCUAUAACUGAUGUGUAAUAACUGUUCAUAAUAGUCUUUGAGAAACUGAAUAUAAAAGAUGAUUGUCAAUUCUUUUCAGUAAAUUACUCUAUUGUCAUAUAACACUGUCACUUAUCGUAAAAAUUCUGUCGGUCGAGGGUUGAACACGCGAGCCAGCAAAAUUCAAUGCUUAUACACAAAAAUAUUUUAUUAUUUGAUAUUGUAUGGUAUUUGUCUGUCGAAUUUUCUCCUAAAUCGAUGUUGGGGCCUUGGCAUCAUUCCCGUCGGUUUGGGGGCCUAUUCGACUGACGUAUUUAUAGUAACAAUACACAGCGUAAUUUGAAUCGCGGUUAGAUAAAUUUUGAUUGUAAGCCUGCAA